GACACAAUGUCCUUGGGCUCGAAAAUCUAUAUAAAGUGCCUACCAGUCGAUGGAGAUUUUCAUCUUAGUUAAAACAGUCAUUCAAUUUUUUUUUUUUUUACGUUAAAUUUUGAUCCAGUGGUUUUAUUUAUUCUCUAGCCAUCAUGGCAUUUGGAAGUUUUUUUUUACUUGCUGUUGUCAGUGUUGUUAUUUCAAUUGUCAAUGCUGAACUUCCAGCUUCUUUGAAAACAUGCUCGAAAAACUCUAAUGAUUAUUCAUCAUGUUUGAGAUUGGCAUUCCAGGAAAAUUGGCCAACACUUGUUCGGGGUAUUCCAGAAUACAAGAUUCCAGUACUUGAUCCAUUUGUAACUGAAGUUGAACAUUUUAAUUUUGAAAUGGGAGAAGUUACUGGUAAAAUGGUUGUUAAAAAUGUACAAUCUUAUGGAGCAGCUAAAAUUCAAUUUCAUUCAAUUAGACCUUAUCAUAGUGAAAAUCAUUUCCGUUUGGAUAUUGAUUUUACAGUACCAAAAGUUCUUGUAGAAGGUGAUUACAAAGCUGAGGGAUCAAUUGGUACACUUAGACACAAUGGAAAAGGACAAUUUAAUGUAAGCAUGGAAAAUGUGAGAUCAAUAGUACAAAUGGAAGGAUCUAUUGUCAAUGACAGAUGGAUUUUAGAUGAAGUACUAUUAACACCAGAAGUUGGCAGCAUGAAAGUGUGGGCAUCAAAUUUAUUCAGAGGAAAUGAAGCUCUAACUAAGGUAGCACUUGAAUUUGUCAACCAAUAUUGGCAAGUACUUUAUCAAGGAAUGUUACCAUACGCAGCAAAAAGCUGGAAUGAAAGUCUUAAAAAAAUGGCUAAUGAUAUUUUGAUUAAUAUUCCAUUCUCAGAUCUUUUUCCAUAAAUUUAUUAGUGAUAUUAAUUAAUAAUAAACAAUUGUUAUUAUUUUAAAGAAAGCCGAAAUCUACCUGUUGGUGCUAAUAUACUUUUUAAAUAUUAUAUUAAUUGUCUUAAUAAUUUCUUUGUACUAAAAAAAAAAAAAAUACACAAUUAAAUAAAAGCUCUGUACUUCAUUUUUUAUCGAUUGUUUUAAUUUUUAUGUUUAUCAGUAUAAAUAAAAAUUCUAUGUCAUUCAAGUUGUGUUUAAAAAUUAAAUUAUCUAUCGAAUUUUUUGUACUUUAAAACCAACACCCCCUGAAUCGUUUUGAGAUUUUUUUUUAUUUAACUCUAUUUAAUUUUUUUCAAUAUUUAACUUUAUAAAUGCUGCUGCUAACAGGGGCUCUAAGCCGAAGCAAUUACAAAUUUUUUUAAAACAAUUUUUAAAUAAAAAAAUAAUUUCUUUAAAAUGUGUAUUCUCCAAUUUUAUUAGGAGUCUACAUUUAUUUUGUCAUAAAAAUUUAUUUCAUAAAAUAAUCAUAAUUACAUUAUUCAAAUACAAAAUGAAUAUAUUUUUCUAUCUUUUAUUUUCAACAAAUUUCGAAUUAACGUUAUACAAAAAUAUUUCACUUAUCUUAAAAAUUCUUGUACAUCAGAAUUGAUAUUUGUUUUAUCGCUAUUAUACAUUGAUAUUUAUUUUUUAAUUUUUUAUUAUCGUCAUUGAUUAAUUUCAAUUUAAUUUGUUUAUUAAGGCUAGUACGUCCACAAUAUAAUUUAAGAAUAAAAAAUUUAGAAUGCCUAUUUAUAAAAAUAUCAAUUGAAAUAUUUAAAAGUUGGUAUUUAAAACGUAUCAUUUACAAUUAUAUAUUCUCAAUAAUACUAUGAUUAAAACUAUGUAGGAAAAUUUUAAAUUUUAUCAACAAAAGUACGAAAAAUUAUAAAAACAAAUUUAAAUUAACAGACGUACUAUCUUAAUUUGACUGAUUCAUUUAAUUAAUAAUUAAAAAAUAAAUAAUAACGUUAAAAUUUUUAAAAGUGAGUAUAAAGGAGGUAGUUGAAUGGUUGGUAUAGUAAUCAAAAAUAAUUUCAAGUAAUUUCAAUGCGAUAAUAAAAAUAUAAAAAUGAUAAAACUGACUUUUUUUGUGUGCGAUUAAUAUGGCAGCGUAAAAAAUAUUAAUUUCAAUAAGACACGUAUAAAAAAUUUAAAUGACUAUAAAAAUUGAUUAUAAAAUGAAAAUAUUUACUAUUAAAAUAAUUCAAAAAUUUGAUAUGAAUUUCAAUAAACCUAUUGUUUAUCGGUAGUAAAUAAUUUUAAUCUCUAAAAGAAAAAAAAAAAUGACUAUUUAUAAAUUGAUAAAAAUGUCAAAGUGACAAAUAAUGUUUACCAUUAAUGAAUUUAAAAAAAAAAAUUGAUUGUAAUUUUAAAAAUAAAAGUUCACAAUGAA